AUGGCGAAGUCCGGGAAGGAGCUGGAUCCCCAGAGCGUGGCUGCAUUCACGGUCUUAAAGCGGGCGGUAGAACUAGACUCGGAGUCCCGGUACCAGCAGGCUCUGGUGUGUUACCAGGAGGGGAUAGACCUGCUCAUGCAGGUUCUCAGAGGUACCAAAGAUGAUACAAAGAAAUGUAAUCUCAGAAAACAAAUUACUGGCUACAUGGAUAGAGCAGAAAUAGUGAAGAAAUACUUGGAUCAAGAAAAAGAAGAUGGAAAAUAUCACAAGCAGAUUAAAAUAGAAGAGAAUGCAACAGGUUUCAGUUAUGAGUCACUUUUUCAAAAAUACCUUAAUGAAACAGUUACAGAAGUUUGGAUACAAGAUCCUUAUAUUAGACAGAUUCAUCAGCUAUAUAACUUUCUUCGAUUUUGUGAGAUGCUUAUUAAGAAACCAUGUAAAGUAAAAACUAUUCAUCUUCUCACCUCUCCGAUUGAAGGGAGUGGGAAACAGCAGCAAAGUAGUGGCCUGCAAGAAAUAAAAGAGUCACUCCAGAAUCACGGAGUGCUGUUGGAAUUAGAAUAUUCUUCUUCAGUACAUGACCGAGAAAUUAGGUUUAACAAUGGAUGGAUGAUUAAGAUUGGAAGAGGACUUGAUUAUUUUAAGAAACCACAGGUUCAGGUGCUGAUAAUGCUGAACCUGAAAAGACUCAAGCCAGUUUGCCAAGCUUUAUUAUAUGGAAAUUCAGGGUCUCAGGAGAGCAAGUGUUGUUGGACCUAAUCAGAAGUUACUUUCUGCAAAGUAUCGUAGAUUAUUUUGCCAGGUACCUAUCAGCAUGUGGAAGCAGAGUGGCUUUUCAUUCAGAUUCAGGUUGCAUUCCUGCCAAGGAUUCUGAUGCCUACCUAUUACAAUAGAGGGGGAAUUUCUCCACAAGAAAAGAACCGGCUUGCCUUCUAGAUUCAUAUGGUCAUGGAUCCAGUCUUCUACAGCCAGAUUUUG